GGAAGUUAUUUUGAAGCACUCCAGGUUAUCUAAAGACAUACAGUCUUUAUGGGAUUGAGGAAAUAGCACGAUGAAGGAAAACCAGCCUAAUUUCUAAUUGCUUCUUCACAAGACUCUCUGUCUGAUGAUGUGUGUGGCUUGGGGAGAAGGCCAUCUGUUUCCAUCAAGGCUCCUGACCACCAUAAAGAAAGAUAGAGCUGGGGCAUUAUCCUCACCACUUCUGAAGCUGAUGGAAUGGCAAUUGCAACAUGACUUUCCCAGGGCCCUGAUUUUCAGCACGGAUGAUUUUUUCUUCAGGGAAGAUGGUGCCUAUGAGUUCAAUCCUGACUUCCUGGAGGAAGCUCAUGAAUGGAACCAGAAAAGAGCCAGAAAAGCAAUGAGGAAUGGCAUAUCCCCCAUUAUUAUUGAUAAUACCAACCUCCACGCCUGGGAAAUGAAGCCCUAUGCAGUCAUGGCACUUGAAAAUAACUAUGAAGUUAUAUUCCGAGAACCUGACACUCGCUGGAAAUUCAACGUUCAAGAGUUAGCAAGAAGAAACAUCCAUGGAGUCCCAAGAGAAAAAAUACACCGAAUGAAAGAACGGUAUGAACACGGUGUUACCUUUCAUAGUGUGCUUCAUGCAGAAAAACCAAGCAGAAUGAACAGAAACCAGGACAGGAAUAAUGCAUUGCCUUCCAAUGGUGCAGGAUACUGGAAUACCUACACAGAGGUUCCAAACCGGAGGGCUCAUGGCAGCUUCACAAAUGAGGGAUCCUUUAACAGAAGGGGUGGUUGUCACCAUGGAUAUUAGAGGCCUAUCUUAUAGCCAUUCAGAAUUUUCCUAAAUCAGUUUUUACUUCAAUAUUUGGUAUUCUUUGGUUUUAGUCAGAGCUCUAAUUCCAGUGUAAAUAGUGGAGCCCAAAAGUUUCUGAGAAGUCAUUAUGUUCAUUAUCUUUAACUAGCAUUUGUUAAAGUGCACCUAUAUGCAUGGUCUGAUGCUGGGAAUUCUGCAGAGAUUCGAUUAAACAAAGUCUCUUUCUCUAGGGAAAGAAUGAAUUUGAAACCGAAACCUGAGAACAUACCCAAGAACAUAAUCAUAGUUAUAUAUGUUCAUAAGUGAAAUAAAGUGUUUAUAUUAUA